AUGCCGCGGUCGUCGCGCGAGAGACUUCAUUUGAAAACGAGUCUACAGACGUGUGCAACCUGAAAGUGCUGUGUACUUGACGCCCAAUUUUAUUUUCGCUUAUUGACUUGUUUGUCCGUUUGUACACAACAAAUUUGAAUUGAACGAAAAAAAUAUUGCAUGAAUUGCAUGGAAAAAUUGAGAAAAGUGGAGAAAAGUAAAAUACGAAAGUCGAAAAGUUAAUUUUAAAAGCUCAUUGAACAAUAAUAGAUUUGUGCGUGUGUAUGUACAUACAUACAAAUAGACGUAAGCAUAGAAAUCGGAAGGUGUAUUUCACUGUAGCGAAAACAAGCAAACAAACAAAAAACCAGCUUUCAAAUAAAAUCAAUAUUAAAUUAGUGGAAGACUUUUGAAACGCGAAAAGUAUACGAACGAAACUGUGCAGGGGGAAGCAGUAGAGGCUUACCUAAUCUCAGCGAGCGAAAAUAUUGUGGAUUUACGUCACUUUCUUGUUAUUUUUGGACCAUUUUAACAUAUUUUGUUUCCCUCAAUUUCGGUCAUAACUCGUAUUGUGUGUCUUCGACGACGCCUGUAGCCGUCUUCAGUGCACUUAAGCAAUCAAUAGCGCGUCGCACAGUGGAGUAGUGAAAUUGAGAAGAGACCGCAACGAGCGAGUCAGAGUCCAAGCUUGAGCCAACUGACCAAUUGAAGAAAGUGCUUCGAAAGACGGAACCAGCCAGUCGAGCGAAGAGGUCAAGCCUUUGUGUAUUUGCUGCGCAUUUCAGUCGUUAUUUGUGAACUCACGUCGCGUGGUGCGCCAGUCAUCCGGUCGAUCGCAUGUGCACACACAAUCCACCGCCACAUACUCCUCACUCGCCGGAUAUAACGCUUAUGAAGUGAUUGUGCAAGUAGACUACCAAAUAGCUCACGCCAACAAUUGGCAGCUAACAGCCAACACAAGCUCAGCGCAUCAAUUCGAACAUUCGUCGAUGAAAAAGAAAGUCUCACUCGAGUGAAAUUGUGCGAAUGAGAUACUGAGAAAAGCGAAACGAAGUAAAUGGUAAUGAAAAUACACGUAAACUGAGCUUAACAGAACUUGCAAAGGAAAAAGUCGUUAAGACCACAAAAUAAAAACUAUAAUAUUUUUAAAAAAUAAUUUCAGAGCAACAGCUUUUUGUUGUUAUAUAACACAACGUGUUUUUUUUUCAAAAACGCAUUAUUCAUUCCCUUUUUUUGAAAGUCGCACUUUUUGACAUUAUUUAUUGGCAAGUAAAACGCAAAACGCGAUAAAAAAAAAUAAAUACAACAAAAACUAAUAUACAUACAUACCUAUAACCAACCAGUGUAUUAAUAAGCGAAGCAAUGAGGAAUACCAACAGCAAAAACAACAACACUUGCCGUGUCAGUGGCGGUGCAGCGAAAGUAAUUGCAACAUGCCUCAUCUUGAGUGUUUCCAUGCAAAUGUGUUGCGGCUCGGCGAUACCGAUUUGGGAAUUUUUAACGCGUAAUGAAAAGAUGUCGUAUCUCUACUCGACGUUCGGUCAAUUGGUCAGUGUACAUUGUAAAGCUACAGCCACCACAUCAACGGUGCCAGUGAACCAGUGCAAACGUGAUUUGCUCGCCUAUGGCUAUGAGAAACUACAAACGUUCUCCGAUGCACAGUUGGACCAGUUGGAUCCCUAUCAGCGAGCUGCCAAUGAACUUAUUUGGUCUUCCAUUAUGCGCGAUCAUCCGAGUUCAACACUGAUCACCACCCGCAAACCGCUGCCAACACCACCCGACUCGUCCAUUAUUAUCUUAACUCAUCAACAGUCUGCCGAUGCAGCAGCCGGCGCCGCAGCUAGCGCACACAGACACAAUCCGAUCUUCGACAGUGGAGCUGAGAACAAGCACAAAUUCGCUAUGGACAUGGAUAUAACCUAUGGUUAUGCCAGUGGCCAGUCGGAUCAACAAAAACCAGCUGUAGAGACUUUCCUCAGUGGCCCGUUAGUCUUCCGCGUACGACCUGAUGGCAGUCCAGUGGAGGAGGAUCAAAACAAACCUCUUCCGCGUGAUGAUGAUCUGGAAGCUUAUCACUUUAGGAGCACCAACGCCGAGAAAAGUUCAACUCCAUCUACCAACAAUCCCUCCACAGCAACACCAUCGGCUAAUGCUCAGCCUAAACAUCGAAAAAUUGCUAUGAUUAGUGAUCUUAAGCAGCAGCAUUUGGCUUCGCUGGCCCUGCAACGCGAUUUGCAGCCACCUUAUCAGCCAUCGCGUGUACGUCGCCAGCAACAACACAAUGCGCUUGCGCCAGGCCGCACAAUACCAUUGGCACACACAUCCCAGUCCUCUCCCUUCACCGGCUAUUACUACGCCAAAGGCCAAGCGUAAAUUACAGUUGAGGAGACGAUGCGUUAUGAGAGUCGUUGAAAAGUGUGGCGCUAGGAGUACCAGCGCCGGGUCGUCCGUUUGGAAGGAGGGCAAAUGAUACUUGGCGGUUUACUAAUAAUACAUAACUACGAUUAUGUUUCUUAUUUUUUUUUCGUUCAAAAAGAAUCAUCUAUCAUAUUUGCAUACAUUUAUAUAUAUCUAAACAUUUAGAGUAAUAUGCAAUACAAAAUAUAUACAUACAUACAUAUUAUAUAUAGCUUUUAGAAUAGUUAGUAAAAUGAUUGGUGCGUGUGGUAGUGUGUCUGAAUUUGUUUUUGAUUUGAUUGAUUUGAUUUGUAUGCAUGCGUAUGUUUGUUUGUAAUUUUUAUAUCAUAAUUUCAUUAAAUUUAACUUAAAUCUUACCUUAAGACCAUUAUUAUCUUUACUUUAUAAAAUUUAUAUUUUUGAAAAUCGAUUAUUUAUUGUAUGUACA